AGUAAAGUGUUGGAAGUACCUGUACUUCUAAAAUUUUGUAGCUAAUCUUCAAACUUGAGAGUAUAUAAAUAUUUUUUUGGAAAGCAAAACAAUGUCUACAAAAAAGGAUCAAAAUUUUAGUGAAAAUGAAAACACGUGCGUUGUCUGUUUUAAGAACGUGGAUAUUUAUUCAAUUGGGGACUGUGAUCAUCCCGUUUGUUUUGAAUGUUCAACGCGAAUGAGGGUGCUGUGCUUACAAAAUGAGUGCCCCAUUUGUAGAAGAGAUAUGCCAAAAGUUAUAUUUACAACAGAUGUGGAAACAUUUGUACGUCUCAAACCGAAAGCUCUAAGUAUUAACUUACUGGAUAAGAAAUUUGGUAUUUAUUUCAUGACAUCAGACAUAGAACGAGCUUAUUUACAAUUAUUAAUACAUAGAUGCUCAAAAUGUGAUAAUGAAAUAUUUCAAACGUUUCAACAGUUAAAAGAUCACAUGCGACGACAACAUGAAGUAUUUUAUUGUGAUUUAUGUUCUGAAAAUUUGAAAAUAUUUAGUUUCGAGAGACGUUUUUACAACAGAUCUCAAUUAGCCUUACAUCGUAGAAAAGGAGAUCCUGAUGACAAAUCACAUAAGGGUCAUCCAUUAUGUGAAUUUUGUGAUACACGGUACAUGGACAGCGAUGAACUAUAUCGACAUUUACGAAGAGAUCAUUUAUAUUGUCAUUUCUGUGAUGCGGAUGGCAAACAUCAUUAUUACAGUUCCUAUGAGUUUUUGCGCCAACAUUUUCAAAAUGAACAUUUUCUUUGUGAAGAAGGUGAUUGCAAAACAGAACAAUUUACUUCAGUAUUUCGUACUGAUAUUGAUUUAAAAGCUCACAAAGCUUCUGCCCAUGGACGUCAAUUAGGUAAAAUUGGAGCAAAACAGGCGCGUACUUUAGAAUUAGAAUUUCGGUUGGCACCUAGACCGCGACCGGGAGAUCCACAGAAUCAACAGCAAGCGAGACAAGCACGAAUACCUCCGCCACAAACAUUGGGCCAACAUUUGGGAAUGAAUGUUGAACAUGAUUGGCCCGACGAAGAUGGUGCUAUGGGUGGUUUUGAUACAGCCCCUACUGAAUCAAGAACACCACAAAAUCCAAUACAUAAAAAACCUAUAAAUGCUUUGGAUCCAAAUUUAUUUCCAUCGUUAGGAGGCGCUCCAGCUCCGACAAUAAGUGCUAUUGCCUCAAAACCGUUAACUAGGAGUAGUGGUGGAGGUAGUGGAAUAACAAUUCGUCAUACACGCCAAAAUUUAGCUAAAAAUGAUGAAAAUUUCCCAGCGUUAUCUACUGAAGUGCCUAGUGGAAGCACAUUAAGAUUUAGUGUCAAUAGUGCUUCAAGCUCGUCCAACGGACCAACAAUAACGAAAACGCCAAAUGUGUCAAUACAUGUAAAUCAUAGACCUGGUAGUAUCUCAGUAACAGGACCAACAUCUACAAGAAUAAGUAAAAUAACAGAAUCGUCAUCAUCAAAAGAAACACAUACAAAAACAGAAUCAUUAGCUGAAGCGUUUCCCGUUCUUGGUUCGGGUACCGAUCCAGUUCAACCUGCUCAAUGGAUAAAAUUGAAAUCAAAAGAUAAACCAAAACCAAAUAAAACAGCACCUGUGCCCACAUCACCAAUAAAUAAAAUAAGUAACAAUUUAAAAAAUUUCCCUAGCUUAAGUAAAACUGUAACAAAUGGUGAUGGAUUUACAGCAAGUCCACAAAAACAAAAUAAACCGGAAACGCCUGUGAAAAAACUUGGUCCAAAUUCAUGUUCUAGUGAAGAAUCGUCUGUAAAAUCAUCAUCCACAGAGACGAAAACCAAGAACAAGAAGAAGAAAACGAAAACCUCCGGAACCACGUCUCCAACAAACAUAACAAUGCCUCCAACAAAAGAGUCUAUAAAAAAGAACGGGACUGCUAAAACUAUUAGUGCCUUGGAAAAUGACAACUCUAAAUCUGAAUCAAAAAAGAAAAAUAAAACUCAAGAAGUUAAGAAAGAAAAUAAUGUUGAAACGAAAAAAACUACAUCACCAAAUCAAAAUGGAAAAGUUGAAAGAAAACGUUCAGAAUUAAAUAUUGGUAACUUAAAAACACCAAAUUUACAAUCUGAUGACUUCCCAACAUUAGGUUCAACAUCGUCAUCAUCAUCAGUAAAAAAACCUCCUGGAUUUGAUUCAUGGCCUGUAAAAGGACCACCUCCUGGCUUUCGGCAACCACCUCCACCUGGUUUCAAUACAAUUCAAUUAAAUAUGGUUGCACAAUCAGCGAAUGAUCUCACAUUUACAAAUAGCAGUGGUCAAAAAUAUUCAAUAUUACCAAAUAAUGUAACGAAAAAUAACACAAUAUUCUAUUCACCACCAAAUUUUAAUCAUCGUAAUAAAAAACUCGUACAAAGUUUUAUGACAGCAUUAAGUGAUGGCGAUUUAAAUGAAUUUCGACAAUUAUCACAUUUAUUUAAACAAGGUUCAUAUACGGCGAGAAAUUAUUACGAUUAUUGUAAAAAGUGUUUAGGUGUACAAUUUGAAAAUAUUUUUCCCGAAUUAUUAGCGUUAUUACCAGAUAUCAAAAAACAAAAAGAAUUAUAUGACAUUUAUAGUAAAGAUAAAAAAUCUAUGAAUAAUAAUUCAGUUCAUUUAGAUUUGUGUGCGAUUUGUGGACAAGUUUGUGUUUCAAAUGAUUUAAAACAUCAUGUUGCUAAUCAUACAUUAGAAAAUCAUUUUCCAGUUUUAGGUGGCGGUACGGUUGGUGAAAUAUCAACCGCUUGGAAGAAAUAAUUUAAAUUUUUUUUUAUUUUUUGUGUUUCUACUUUUGUUGAUACAUUAGUUUAUCAUCCCAUUGUGUUUUAUUUAAGUUAUCAUUUUUUUUGUUUGAAAAAGUAAUAUAAUUACAAAAUGCAAAACUCUACCAUGACUAAUGAUUUAAAUACACACGAUUUUGAAAUUAUCAAAUUUACUUUCCAUGGUCAUCCAUAUGAAAAUUGUAACUUGAAAACGAUGUGAAACAAUGAAAAAUCAUUUUACGGAUUUAAGCAGUUACCCUACUAUUUACUAUAAGUUGUAAAAUAUAUGAACUUGAUAGGAAAAUUUUUUAAUAUGCCUUUGGAGCUUCCUCUAAAAAACUUCGGCAAUAAUUUGGGAUCAAUUUUUAUUAUUUACAGGAUCAGUAAAUAUUUUAUACUUCACGUAUUGGAAAUCUUUCAUAUUUUAUUUUUUUAUCUGCGAUUUUCUGUAAAUUAGAUACUUUCAGUAUAAUUUCAAAUGAACAAAUUAAACAAUGUCGACCAACCUCGAAAAUAAUUUAAAUUUGAACAAGGCUACACACUUUAAAUAUUAUUAAAUGUAUGAACAGCGAAUCUGCAAAUCGUAUUUUUGAAAAUCUUGAAAAGUUGCAUUGUAUAUUGUAUAGACACCCGGAGAGGAGGCAAGAUUGGAGUAUUUGUUCUCCCUUUGGCUUUUAAGAUUUUAAUUUCUCCUAUACAUGUAUGUACGAUAACAUCGAAUGUAUGAUGCCAUUUAAAAAAAAAUGUUUUUAUUCAGUCGUGAAAACAGUUCAAACGGUCAAAGUGAGUGUUUUUAGCUCAAGUUUGUUCGAAUGCCAAAAAAUCAAGAAGGUUUAUUAAUCUAAAAACUGUGUAAAAAUUUUGAAAUCAAAUACUUACCUUGGCCGACAGUGUUUGUCCCCUCUUAUAAAAUAAUCUCCGGUCGCCUAUGUUUAAGGCCUAAACACACUUCAAUUGUUUUAUUAUUUAAAUAUCAGUAAAUGUUUAAGAAAAACAAUGUUUUCUUUUUCUAAAACUACUGUAAGGU